CAAAGUCUUGCGGAUGACAUUUGUGGUCUUUUCCUUCAACAUGGAUUCUUCGAUUACCAGUUUUAGUACAUAGCUACGGCCAUUUGAGUUGAUUUACCCAAAUUCUUAAAGCUAUGGAUUUACAUCUACAGAAUAAACUCGGAAAGUAUAAACAUGCAAAUCUUUGUCGUGCUGAUGUUAUGAGGGCACUGCAUCAGUACCCUACCUUACCAGCAGAUCUGCAAAACUUUACACAUAAUGAUGGGAGAGAAGCUCAAUUACUUGCCUUGGAUGGAACUCUUCCUGUUCUGAUCAGAGGUGUCACAUACAACAUUCCAGUGUGUGUCUGGCUGCAGGAGAACCAUCCGUAUGUUCCCCCACUUGUGUAUGUCAAACCAACAAACACAAUGGCUAUCAAACCAUCUCAAUUUGUGGAUUCCAAUGGAAAAGUUUACCAUCCUUUUCUGCAUGAGUGGACUUAUCCCAAAUCUGAUCUUGCUGCCUUGCUUCAGAUUCUCUGUAGUAUUUUUGCACAGCAGUCACCAGUUUAUGCAAAAAGUGCACCAACACCACCACAACCUAGUAGUUACAAUAUGCCACAACAGCCAAGCUACCUCCCUCAGUAUGGUGGUUACUCCCCCAAUCCGGGGGCCAUGCCACCAUACCCUGUUGGAGCAUCUACAGGAAUGCCAAUGCCACAACCUGGGCCAGUCCCCGGAAGCAGCCCAGGUAGACCAAGUGGUGGCAGACCUCCAUAUCCCCCUUAUCCUCCAGGAGGUGGGUCCAAUAUGGGACCAUCUAAUCCCCCAUACCAUGUGCCAAAUCAUGCAAGCUAUCCCCCUAGUACACAACCAUCUUAUUCUGGUCCAGCUGCCAGUAUUCCACAUGUCACUCAGGCUAAUUUGGACACAACUAACAGCACAACUGCAGUGAGCAGCACUUUGAAGGAUGAAGAAAUUAAGCUAUCACUACGGUCUGCAGUGGAAGACAAAAUAAGAAGAAGUACAAAGGCAUUGUUUCAGCAAGCACAGAUUGAAUUAGAUGAGUUGAACAGAACCCAGAAUGAGUUAAAACGGGGAAGUGAAAAACUACAAGAUAUUUUACAGAAACUGGAAAGAGAACAGGUAACAGCUAGAAAUAUGUUAAAACUUUGUGGGGAGUAAAUUCACUUUCCUUCUCUCUCUAUUAGUUCAAUAAGCCCAUUUUCAGUCGCUUUCGAGAGAUUACUUCGAUGAAUAAUUAUGACAACUACCGGCAUAUACAGAGAGUAUAUGCAUCAAGAAUUGACUUCGUUAUUGAAAUGUGCAGAAAGGGACAAUCUCUCAAUUUGAUUAAAUCUUUGAUUAACGGUGUCUAAUCAAAUUUCUUAAGUGAUCAUCCAGUGGAACUGAGAAAUUAACGGAUUGAGUUGUGGCUUAUUUGCCAUAUUGUCAAUCACGCAAGGCAAGGCAUAUCGCUCCUCUUGCUCUGUGGAUGUAUAAAAGUCCACUGACAUGCUGAAGCUGCGUACAAGGCUGGCACAUGGCAAUGUGAAAAAGGUAGAAAUUGUCUUGCUCCAGAAUUCAGCGCAGCUGUCCUCAGGAUAAACUAGAAUUUGGAAAGUAGGUGGGUAAGGGGGAGCACUUAAAAGAGCUUGGAGAGAAGGCGGAGGUUCCGCUGAUGUCUUCCAACCCUGAGCCGGAAAGUAACGUAUUAGAUCAGAGUAGUAAAAAUUUGUCAGUUCAUUCCAAAGUAGAAUGUACACGGUCAAUAUUCGCGUGCUUAACCCCUGUUAAAGCCUGAAGUGUUCGAAUG